UAAAGGCUCCCAGACGACUCCACAACUUUAAAAAAGAAAUCACCCGUUUACCCACAAUCACCCAUUGUUUAUUAACAUAGUAACAGAACAGUUAGAAACUGCAAGAAUUGCGAAGGUUAAAUGGCGAUUGUAAAGAAAAUAGAGACGCCAAACACGUGAUUUUGAAAUAAAGAAAAGAAAAUUAAAAUAACUAAGAUGAAUGUUAGAAUUUAGCCAUAAAACUCGGUGGGAAACGUAUGGAUCUUUUCGGUUCGAACGUAAAUAUUUGGACUCAUGUAGUGUUUAGGAUUUGGUCGAAGGCGUAGGAAAUGUUUCAAGGUUCUUCGUACUUGUCCGUAAUUUAAUAAAACGAUCGAACAUCCUUUUUUUUAUUUUCUCAUAUCAAAAAGGUCGCGGGUUUAUCGCGACAUUGACUCCGCUAAUUCAAUAACCGCCGAUUAAGUUCAACAACUGCGACAUUUUCCAUAACAUCACCGUUCUAUUAUUUCAUUGGAAAUUGGUACAUCAUCUGAAACACGAAUUAUUACCAACUAAGAAGAAACCAUCAUUGACAACAUUGAAUCAAUUAACAUUGGAAUAAAUCCACAACGACUUUUAAGGUUAUGUUAUGAAAGGCUAUAUAAAUUCUUAUUCACCAAGGACUCAACUCCCAAAAAAAGAUGAAUAAGUUAUACCUUCCCACAACGAUAUGUUCUGGUCAUAUUUAUCUCAUUUGCCAUCAUUCUCGCUUAUGGCCAAAGAGUAAAUAUAAGUAUGGUUAUAGCUGAGAUGGGCUCACCACCGCCCAGAGACAACUCAAGCGUGCAGUGCAAUAAAGACAGAAAAUCGGCGGAUAAAAAAGAAGUUAGUGAAACUGCGUGGAGUCAAGAGCAACAAGGGAUUCUUCUCUCUGGAUUUUUUAUUGGUUACAUGAUAAUGCAAGUUCCGUCCGGUAUUUUAGGGGAUUAUUUCGGGGCGAGAUGGAUUUUAAUUAGUUCCCUCGCGAUUUCUUCUAUAUUCACCGUUUUAUUUCCUUUAAUUGUUGAUUUAUUCCCUUAUGAGGUUGUGGUUACAUCUCGGGUUAUUGUUGGUUUGGCCCAAGCUGCUCUUUUUCCAAAUGUAACCACGUUAAUGUCGCGUUGGGUGCCCCCUCAAGAACGCGCCUCCAUAGGUGGGAUAACGUUUGCUGCGGGAUCUUUGGGAAUCAUUUUAGGACAAUUAAUAAGCGGGUUGGUUUAUGUAAUGUUUGGCGAUAAUUGGAGAUGGGUUUUUUAUAUUUGGGGUAUCAUUGGACUCGCAUGGUGCAGCUUAGCUUUUAUUUAUAUGCAUUCAGGCCCUGAAACGCACCCUUUUAUCAGCGCCAAAGAAACAAGUGAUCUUGCAGAAUGGAUCAUACCUCGAGAAGAGGGUCUUCGUUUAAGCGUUUUUAGAAUGCUGAUUGACCCAGCGGUUUGGGCCUUAAUUAUGGGGCAAUUCGGACACGAUUAUUUACUCUUUUUCUUAGCUACAAGCAUGCCAAAGUUUUAUUCGGACGUUCACAACAUGGAAAUGAAAGAUAAUAUGUGGGCCUCAUCAAUUCCAUACACUCUUAUGUGGUUUUCCAGCUCAAUCUCAGGGGUAAUCGCUGACAAAAUCAUUGAAAGAGGUGCUAAUGUAGCUUGUGUAAGAAAAAUUUACACCACCAUCGCUUCAGUAAUCCCAAGCAUUUGCCUUUUAAUGAUUCCUUAUGUUGAGUGUCAUAGCACUUUAGUAAUAGGUUUAGUGUGCAUCUCCUUGUUAACAAUGGGGCCCUUCUUUUCUGGGUUAAAAGUAAACGUCAUGGAUGUUAGCCACAAUUACGCCGGGUUAUUAAUGGCCGUUGUAAACGGAUUAGGCGCCCUUUCCGGUGUUAUGAACCCCCCGAUUAUCGGUUUCUUUGCUACGGAAAACACUUUUUCCCAAUGGAAAACAAUAAUGUGGUUAAUAUUUAUAAUUGCAUCAGUAACAAACGUAAUUUAUGUUGUGUGGGGCUCCGCGUCUCGAAGAGUUUGGGAUAUGAACGACGAGGAGGUUAAAGAGUACAAAGAGGAGCGAGAAAAACGCAAAGCUGCAAAAAAAGCCGCUAAAGAAGCUAAAAAAACUGCAAAAGCGUAAAGCAUAAAGAAAUUAGGUUAUGUUUAGGCGCUAACUUCAGAGUGAAAUUUAUGUAACGAAUUUUAAUAAAAAAAUGUUAUUAA